AUGGCCGAGUCGGGGCACAUGUGUGGGGGCACCCUCAUCCACCCCAGCUGGGUGCUCACGGCUGCCCACUGCUUCCUCAAGUCUGUGGACCCCAGGGCCUACAGCGUUAAAAUCGGAGGACUGACAGUGUCCGCUUUGGAGCCUCACACUUCCAUGGUGCCCGUGGAGAGGCUCCUCGUCCACCCCUUGUACCACAAACACAAGCUGUCCAGUGGAGACAUUGCCCUGCUCCAGCUGGCCUCCCCCGUGCAGCCCUCCGACUUCACCCCCAUCUGCCUCCCAACACCCCACGACUCCUUCACUGUUGGGACCCUGUGCUGGGUAACAGGCUGGGGCUCCAUCCUUCAGAGAGCCCUGUCAAGUGUCCUUGAGGAAGUGGCUGUGCCCCUGUUGGACUCGAACAUGUGCGAGCUGUUGUACCAUCUCGGAGAGUCCAACCUGGUGGGGCUGCGCCUCAUCAAGGACGACAUGCUGUGUGCUGGCUUUGUCGAGGGCAAGAAAGAGUCCUGCAAGGGUGACUCCGGGGGGCCGCUGGUCUGUGCCGUCAACAACACGUGGAUCCAGGUCGGGAUUGUGAGCUGGGGGUUUGGCUGUAUUUGGGCCUACCGGCCUGGCGUCUACACCCGAGUGUCAGCCUACACAGACUGGAUUCAGAAAACGCUGUCCGAGUAUCAAUCAGGCGCCUCCGAGUCCCACCCAGGCACCCCUGGGCCCCUGUCAAGCACCUCUGAGUCUCGCCCAGGUGCCCCGGGGUCCCCGUCAAGUGCCUCUAAGUUCCCCCCAGGUGCCCCAGGGUCCCACCCAGGUGGCCCCUUGUCCCGCCCAGGCUCCUCAGGGUCUGCCCUAGGCGCCCCUGGGGCCUGCCGGGCGCUGCUGCCUGUGCUGUGGGCCUUCCCCUCGCUUGGGGCCCUGUGAGCCAGGCCCUCUUCUGGUGGGGUUUGUUGAAUCUGCUAAUAAAAAAUGCAAGUUAUGUAUUUUA